CAAAUAUCGCAAAGUUUAGCGGAACAAAAACCGUAAACGGAAGUUACAAUUCAUAUUAGAUGGAACAAAGAAUGCUUAUUAUAUAGAAGUGGUAUUUCACACUAAAGAGAAGGUUUAGAUCUCAAAAUUGGAUAAUUAUUUUUUAUUCUGGUUUUACGUGCUUAGUUUAGCUUGCUGGAAGGUUCUUAAGCAUUCAUAAUUGGAGCUUUCGUUUUCCGCCGAGGAACUUUUCCGUGAAGAAAGUGAAAAUUGGCUAGGCCCAUAUCUGUCGGAACAUGCUGGUGGGAGCGGCUUUUUAAAUGGUGCAAUGCAGCAAUGGAUCUUACCAAAUAUUUUGAAUAGUUCCUUUUAAAUCAUACAAACAAUAUAAUAUUGCCAGAAAGAUUCAUUAUGGGUGAGGAAAAACAAUUUGCUACAGUGUUAGGCCCAAGCGCCGAGGCGAACAAGCAAUUGAUUGAGAAGAACGAAGGUGAAAUAAAAUUUCUGGAAGGAAUUAGAAAUUACGUGGAGAAAAGAGCCAAGUUAGAUUUGGAUUAUGCAGAUAAAGUUGGCAAGUUGCACAAUAGUAUUAAAAUGGAUGUAAGCACAAAUGAAAAUGAUGGAUUUCUAGAAAAGGCUUGGAAAACUUAUGUUAAUGAGACUGAAAACAAAGCAAUUACUAUGUCACUAAUGGUGAAGGAAAUACAAUCGAAUGUUUUAACAAAACUUGACAAAGUUAUCCAAGGAAAGAAAGAUGUUUUGAAAAGAUAUCAAUUAGACAGAUCACGUUCAGAUCUUGAUUACACUUGUUCCAAAGAUGAAGUCAAAAGGCUUAGUGAUCUUUAUCGUGUCUCUGUGAAAGAGGCAACAAAAAUUCGAAGCAAGUUAGAUGAACUUUCUAAUAAAGGGAAAGGAGACAAAGAAUGGAGAAAGAUGAAGGAGAAGUUGGAUAAAACUUGCCUGAAACUGCAUGCCACACACAAUGAUUAUAUUUUAUCUGUGAGAGUUGCAAAUGCCCAUCAAUCAUAUUUUCAUGAUACCAUAAUGCCGUAUCUUUUGAACUCAAUGCAAGAGUUACAAGAAGGCUAUGUUGACGAAAUCAAGUUGGUACUUUUAAGCAUCUUUGAAAAUACCAAUUGGUGCAAGGAAGAAUUUAUUGCAUCAUCGAAGCAAGUUGAAGGGAGCAUCAAGAUGGUUGAAAAGGGGAACGAGUACCGCUCAUUUCUCUCUAAAAGUAGGAACCCACCACAACCCAACAUCCCUUUUUAUUUCGAUGAAACCUUGGUGGAGAGUGACAAGGCAACAACUGGGCUGGUACAAGACGAGCUGGCACUGAAUGACUUGACACACGAACAACUCAAAUACAGAAUGAAGUCUCUGGAGCAACAAAUCGAUACGAUAAAAGCAGAAACAAAACUGAAGGAAGAAGCGAUGACGCGCAUAAUGGCCGAUCUCAAUGGAAUCGCCAAUGGCAACAAAACCGAUGAAGUUUCAAAUCUAAGCGUGCUGGAAAAGACUUCACAGUCGUGUCACGUGAACAGGGAAAUUAACGAACUCUCGUGCAAAGAGAUGCUUGCCCUGAUUCAACUCGAGCAUAUCACAGACAAAGUAAAAGAAAUUGGUGACGGCCCCGCUCCAGCCUAUAUCGAGGUUACAAACCCAAACGAGAAUUCGUUCAAGGAUACAAAAGAUCGUUCCAAGAGCUUAAAUACAGAGGACAAAUUAAAGGUUAAGGAGAAGAAAGGCAGACAUUCAUUGUUUUCAGCCAAAAAGACAAAAAGUGCGGAUUUCUCGUCGAAUAGUCUUGACGUCAACAGGCACGAGAAGAGUCUUUCUGAUAGUGAACUUAAUGAUUAUGACGAGCCUCCAGAGGACGUGACUGUUGAGCCUUGGUUCCAUGGCAACAUUGACAGACGAGCAGCAGAGCGACUUCUAAAAAGUGACGGAGAUUUCCUUGUAAGGGAAAAAUCAGAUGGAACUGGAACGUUUGUCGUCAGCGUCCUUUGUCGUGAUACGCAUAAACACUUUCUUCUUAACAGAACCGAAGAUGGUAAAUUCAAAUUCGAAGGAGAGGCUUUUGCCAGCGUAUCUGGUCUCAUUAACCACCACCAUCGGAACUGCAUACCGAUAAAAACCGCUGACCAUGUUUUAAUAGUUCGGCCAAUCCGGCCACCAUUCGUAAAGGGCGAUAAGUUCUUGUUCCCGUCAAGCGAUGUUCGUCUGGACAUCAAGCUGGGGAAUGGCCAUUUUGGGGAUGUCUUCAAGGGGAUGUUGCUUUCGAAGAAGAUGCCCCUGGCAAUAAAAACAUGCAAAGAAGGCAUCGAUGAAAUUAAAAAGAAACAGUUUUUAGAGGAAGCAGAAAUUAUGAAACCAUACAAUCACCCGAAUGUUGUUAGGCUGAUUGGUAUAUGCAAUGAUAAAGACCCUUUUAUGAUCUUAAUGGAGCUUAUGCCAUAUGGUGACCUCUUGAACUUUCUGAAGAAGCGCGGAAUGACCCUUGGGAUGGCCGAUCUUCUCAGAAUGGGGCAGGACGCAGCCAAAGGGAUGACCUACCUUGAGUCUAAAAAUACAAUUCACAGAGAUUUGGCGGCGAGGAAUGUUUUAGUGGGUGAAAAUUACGUUGCUAAGAUUUCCGACUUUGGAAUGUCAAGAGAAGAAGACGAAGAAGGAAUUUAUCAAAUUCAAACGACAAAAGAGAUUCCCAUAAAAUGGACAGCACCAGAAGUGUGGCAUUACCAAACAUAUACAUCGAAAUCUGAUGUUUGGAGUUUCGGUGUUUUGCUAUGGGAAAUAUUUUCAAUCGGAAAUGUUCCGUAUCCUGGCUGGAAUAACAGGAGAACUCGAGAAAUGAUCGAAACGGGAUACCGAAUGCCGAUGCCAAGCGGAACCCCUGGUAAAAUUUACGAAGUUAUGAAAAAAUGUUGGUUAUAUGAUCAUUUGCAGCGACCGAGCUUUUCAGAAAUUGAGGCAGAAAUGUUGUCGAUAAAACCCUGAAGGCAGAGAGUGAACUGCUUAAAUAGAUUGCAUCGUUUUAAAAGCCACUUACAUGGGAAAUUUCAACCCGCGUUGAGUUCAACACGGGCUGAGAAUUUAAUCCUUUGCUAAUUUUAGUAUUUGUUUCCACGGCAAAUCGCAAAACGUUUUGAGGUUACUUGUCGAAAAUAAAGUAAACAUUUCCAGCUAUUCAACGCUUUCAAGCCUUUUAUAUAAAAUUCUAAACUCGUGUUGAAAACUCAGCCCGUGUUGAACUCUCGGCCCAUGUUGAAAACUCAGCCCGUUUUGAAAAGUCAGCCCUUGUUGAAAUCUCGGCCCGUGUUGAAAUCUUAGUCCGUGUUUGACUAAACGCAAUUUAAUUUUUUUAUGUAAACGGCUUCUUGGAGAUUUUUCCAUUGUUUUCGUUCAAAAAUUCGAACCAGAAAAGCAUCUGGGGUCCGAUGAAAGCUAUCCCUUUAAAAUCAUUUCACAUGCUUCCAGGGGGUUGAAUGCGAUUUUGAUCGUUGGAUUGGAGCUUUGCAUCGACGGACUUUAACUUGAAUUUUUGUGCAAGAAAUCCGCUUUUCAUAAAUUUUUAGUUAUAGUUGGUAUCAGGCUAAAAGAAAAUCGGUUUGAAAUUAUUAGCAAUUAGAGAUUACUGUUUCGAAUAUUUGGCUAUAGAAGUACGUAUAAAAUUUUUAAUCAAAAUUGUGUACAAUUUUUCGUAUAUCUAAGGUGGGUUAGACAAUUUUAUUAGAGUAUUUUCUUAAUUUCAGCAAAUUCUGUAUUUUUAGUUUCCAGUUACUCAAACAGAGUCCAUUUGUACCUUUCAUAUCGUAUUUUUGUACAGCUUAUCGUAGAAUAGAAACGUAUUUUUAUGAUGUCAACAAAGUUGCUAGUUUCCAAUCUCCUUACUCAAUAUGUCCACGGAUACAAUAUGUUUUGCUGUUUAGGCAUAGUGUUUAGAAUCUAGAAAAAUGGACCUUCGACCGUUUACCACUCUCCCCCUAUGAGACUUACCCCUCCCAGAUAGAAGGGACCAGCAGCUUUCAAAGAUGAGCACUAUAAACCCCCAUUAAGUAUAUAACCCGCCCGUUCAAGAACCCCAAACCCCUAUCAGAACAAAUCAACCCCCUUGUUGUUCUCUUUUCAAUGAUGAUAAUUCACCAUUUGCUGCAAUCGCAAAGCAAUGCUGCAUUUAAAACUUUAUUCUUGUAUAUAAACGAGCUUUGCAUAUCAAAUGUUUAACGUAAGAAUGAUUUGCUUUUUUUGUGUUGCUAUAGUCCUUUUUAUAAAUCUCUUGCUUAUUUCUAAAUUAUAGUCCAUGCGAGAAAAUAUACUCUU